CUCCGCGACUCGCCAUGGAGGAGGGUGUGAAGGAGGGCGAGAAGCCUCAGCGAGCACGGACGGUAGACAAGGCUGGCUGGAUCAAGAAGAGCAGCGGGGGCUUCUUAGGGCUCUGGAAAGACCGCUAUCUGCUCCUCUGCCAGGCCCAGCUGCUGGUGUACGAGAAUGAGGAUGAGCAGAAGUGUGUGGAGACAGUGGAGCUGGGCAGCUAUGAGAAGUGCCAGGACCUCCGUGCCCUCCUCAAACGGAAGCACCGAUUUAUCCUACUGCGAUCCCCAGGGAACAAGGUCAGCGAUAUCAAAUUCCAAGCACCCAGUGGAGAGGAGAAGGAAUCCUGGAUCAAAGCCCUCAAUGAAGGGAUCAGCCGAGGCAAGAACAAGGCUUUCGAUGAGAUAAAGGUGGACAAGAGCUGUGCUCUGGAGCAUGUGACUCGGGACCGAGUGCGCGGGGGCCAGCGGCGCCGGCCACCUACGAGAAUCCACCUGAAGGAGGUAGCCAACGCAGCUUCUGAUGGACUUUCACGUCUGGACCUCGAUGUUCUGGACAGCGGGCUCCCAGUGUCUGUCCCCAGCAAUGAUGUCAAUGAAGCCCAGCCCCGGGAGGCACUCCGGCCCCUCAUGCCUCCUACCAAGCCUUCCCCAGCACCCGAAAUGGCCAUCGUUGGUGACAGAGUGGAAACUCCUGUGGGAGAAAGAGCCCCAACCCCUGUCUCAGCAAGCCCUGAGGCCCACCCUGAGAGCCGAGAGGACUCAGAGACCCCAGUGAGGAAGGACAGUUCCUCUAAGCAGCUCCCCAACAGGGUCCUGUCAGACAAACUGAAGGUGAGCUGGGAGAACUCCAGCUCUGAGGCACUCCCUGACCCUGAAAGUGCAGAACCGCCCCAGGUACCCUCUUCUGAGACUUCUGAGGCUUCGACCAAGGAGGGUGGGAAGCCCCCUACACCCCCACCCAAGAUCUUAUCGGAGAAACUGAGAGCCUCCAUGAGCGGGGUGGAGGCUUCAGGGCCAGUCCAGAGUCCUGGGGCCACUGAGACCUCUGCCCCAGGCUCAGCACAGGUUUCAGUGAAUGGCGUGGAUGACAGUCCUGAGCCUCACAAACCAUCCCAGGCCGUGAGCACCCCAGGAAUUCCCCCAAAGAAUGCAACAACAUCUACACUGUUCCCCUUGGACCUGCCACCUCAGCCCCAUCCCCGCUGCUCCUCCAUGGGGGACCUGAUUGGGGAAGGCCCCCGGCGUUCACAGAAACCUGUGGAACGGCUAUACCGGGCCCAGUUAGAGGUGCAGGUGGCCUCAAAACAGACGGAGAAACUGUUGAACAAGGUGCUGACCAGUGAGCCGGCCCCCGUGAGUGCUGAGACAUUACUCAGCGAGGCUGUGGAGCAGCUGAGGCAGGCCACCCAGGUCCUGCAGGAAAUCCAAGAUCGGGGAGAUCUCAGCCAGGAAGCACCUGGGCUACGGGAGAAGCGGAAGGAGCUGGUGACCCUCUAUAGGAGAAGUGCACCCUAGGGCCUGCCAGGCCAGGACACGGUCCCUCCUGGCUGGCCCAGUUCAUCAAAACCCAGCCCUGCUGAGAAAUGUGCUUCUGCUCAGGCUGUUGAAGGGCCAUUGGACAUGUCAGGGGUUGGCCAGGACCUGCAGAGGCUCCUGGUAUCUUUCCUGCCCUGCCUUGGCCAGUGGUGCCAGGUGCCAACCAGGGCCACUGCCUGGCUAUCUGGCCUGGCCUCUGCGCCCUGGCUUGGGCUGGAAGCACACACUCAGGACCUCUGUGCUUGCAUGGUUGUUCCAACCUGCCCCAGGGCUUUGGCACAGCACUGCGGGUUCUGGGGGUGGCAUCAUCUCUGCUUCUCACUCCCAGUAGUUUACAUUCCUGACUUCUAAAUAGAGCACACCUGAGCCCCCCCACCCCACCCCAGCCUCUAUGUCCAGAUACCCCAGGCAGACAGCCUCAUGGCAAAGGCAGCUUCAGGUCGUAACCAACCCUCCCACCCACCUGUUCUCAGUAGCUGCUGAGGCCUUGGGUCUAGGCUGUAGGUUCACCCCUCAGCUGAUGGCCUCUGAAGGCAGGGUGGAGGCAGCUGUGUGAGAGCCAUUUGCUGUGUGGCUCUCUCUGGGCCUUCCUGUUCUGCAGGCCUUCCCCUCUGGCGAGAUGUGACAGGAGGACUCCAGGGUGGAGGAGGAAAUUGAAAGGUCUCCUAGUCUCGUCCCUGCCCCUGAACCAGCUUGUGUCCAGCCUUGCACGUUCCUAUACAGGUGAACUUCAGAAGGAGCGGACGUCAAAUCAGAAAAUCCUGUAUGCAAUUCAUUAUAAAUCAACCUUUAGAAGAGAAGCCGCCCCAACUCCUGUGCCUCCCAGAUGGGAUUUAUAUCUGGGUCUCUGUGGUUCCUCCACAACCCAAACAGGUCCAAUAUCCCAGUCACUCCUAAUGCUGAGGGGUAUGUUGGGCCUGAAACCACAUCCCUCUCCCCACUUCCCCUCACCCCUCUGGCUCAGACCCUAGAUGGACUGCUCCUCCUGAGCUUCCUAGUGGCCGGAGCAUUUUCUCCUGGCCCCUGCCUGCACCCUGGGCCUCUCCCUAGCCCCUCCCUGGCUCUGGGAACACAUCCCGUCUCCAUCUUGCUGUAGCAGCUGGACUGAGGGCAAAGCCUAUAGGUGCAGAGGCCCUGAGGGCUGCAGCCACUCUCUCUGGGGCCUUGGGAGUGGGAGCAGCUCCUGACAGGCUCUCUCAGGGGGUUUCUGCAUGUGCACUUUUGUUUACUGAAAGAGAGGGAGGGUCACAGCUGCGUGCUCUGGCCUUUCUGCCCGCUACCCCUCCCCCACCACCAGUUGUGCCCUCAGACCUGCCAGAGCAGGUUGAUGCCUUCUUUACUGUACUUCUACUUUGUUCUUGAAGGUAGUAGCCAAGGAUCCAGAGGGGUGGAUAGAUGUCCACUCUGCGGCCUGUACUGGGCAGGCGUGGGUGUGAGCAGCAAUGGGUCUCAUGAGCCCCAAUGGGUCUCCCCAAACCACACUCCUUGGCUCCCACGCCCCAGUCUGCCUGUCCCUCUAUCUCCAGUAUGAGAGCAAGAAUGUCAUCAAGUACCCACAGUCAUGUGGCCCCUGAAGUCUUGCUUUGGGGAACAGCCUUCUGUGAGGGCUGCUGGGCUUUAGCUGUCACCAGCUUUCAGGGACUAGAGCCUCCAUUUCCCCUCUGAUAAGUGACCAGGCUGAGGGAGUAGCUCUGGGGCAACCUCAGUGGCCUGAGGCUAUUGGUUCCUAUGGGGUCCACAUACCUGGGCAGCCUGGGCCCCAGCGGGGAAGCCAGCUUCCAGGGGAGGGAGAAGAAUGGGAAAUACGCAGGGGCUGCCUUGCCGGCCUCCUGGAGGAUGGCAUUCCAUGUCUUCCGCUUAUGAAGCGCCUUUUUUGAAAUUUGGCAAUAAAUCCCUUUUUAUGGAACUUGUCUGCCACAAGCCUGUUUGUUGGUGUGGGACCAGCUCCCGGCUGACCUCAAGGAAGCAGGGGGUAGGCAGUUGAUCAGUGGCCUCACUGGUUCUCCAAACCCCGUUCUAGGGCACCCUUCCCAUAGGCUGGGCUGGGGCGUUGCCCUCCGCAGUGCUCCAUCUUUGCUAAACUCAGCCAGGCCCCCAGUGUCAUCUACACACGUUUAUACAGGCUGGGGGCUGUCAUAGGAACAGUGCUUUUCCAUUUUUAAAAGCUUAUUUGAAAAUUUCAGAAAAGUUGCAAGAAUAAGAAUCGCAGAGGACACACACUCUACCCAGAUUGACCCGUUGUUUUAUCUUUUGAGUGCUUUCUCUAACAUGUGAACACAGUUCUUUUCUGAAUCAUUGGAGGAUUAUCAUGGCCCCUUAUCCCUGAAUACUUGUGUGUAUUUCCUAAAAAUAAGUAUAUUCUCUUGUGUAACCACAAUACAGAUACCAACUUCAGAAAAUUUAACACCAAUAUAAUAGUUACUGUUCAGAUUACAAUUUUGUCAUUUGACCCAAUAAUAUCCUUUAUCAUAUUUGUCCUCUAGUGUAGGGUUGGGUACUGCAUACAUGUCCCUUUAGUCUCCUUUAAUCUGAAAUGUUUCCACAGCCUUUAUCUUUCAUAACAUGGACAUUUUUG